CCGAAAGGCCAGAACGCGCUUAGACCACAUCCAGUGUAACCGCAGAGCCGGUGAGACGAUGGUGGACCGCAGGCCUAGUGCGCCGAACCGGGUUAGCAGAAACUGCAAGCCCUGUCCCAAGAGGACUUCUCUGUCACCUCAAGGGACGUUGCUUUAUGAAAAGAAGAAGUCAAAUGAAAUGGAUUCACUCCAUGAAGAUGGCUCACCUCUCUGUGAAAAUGCACGCAGAGCAGUCAAUGACUUCUGCCAGUGGACUGGUGAUAUUACAAGUGUGAAGAUUGAUGAAGAGUUUGUGAUGAAACAAUUUCACCUUGACUGUCAGAGCAAACCAAGCUGUUAUGGGCUCAGCAUGAUGAGACUCGACCAGCUCCCUCUGGAAUUAAAGAAGAGCAUAAAGCUCAAUAAAUGGCAGGAAGCAGAAUUUUUCAAGGAACGAGAGCGGAAACUGGAGAAUCCUUCUAAACCAAAGUAUGUGAAGAUGAGGUACGGAGCAUGGUAUCUGGACCCCAAGCUGUGGAAAAUGCAAAGAGCAGAUGAACCUUUGGUUGACCCCAAGGUCUUAUGUAAAGCUCAGGAAGAACUUUUAAAAAAGCAGCAGCAGGAGCAGGAGGAGUUACUUUCAUUUGCAAAACUUUAUGGACCAGCUGCCUUUAAGGAAUUCAUUCUAAGGAAGGGCUACCGGAUGCCAAGCUUCCUUGAGAAGAUAAAUGUCAGGAAGGAUGUAAAUGCAAGUGUAAAAAGAGUCCUAUGAAAUAACUUAGCAUAGAAGAGUUUGGGAAGACAAUUAGACAGAUUGUAUUCACUGUAUAGGACUUGGCUAUUUUUUUCUCUCGUUAAACAUUAAACAUAACUUAUGAUGAGUGU